CUCGUCUUGCCUUUUGAGUCUAGGAUGCUUUCAGUUUUGAGGAAAUCAUUUCCAAAUGGGGUCACCCAUGCUCAUCGCGUGAUCAGGUGCAAAUCCAACCAGGAUAAAUGUGCCAAAAACGCUCUGAUCAUCCUGGCGCCGGGAGCGGAGGAAAUGGAAUUUACCAUAUCCGCCGAUGUUCUACGAAGAGGAAAGAUCCUUGUUACCGUGGCUGGUUUGCAUGAUUGUGAACCGGUGAAGUGCUCCCGAUCUGUGGUCAUCGUGCCGGAUACUUCACUGGAAGAGGCCGUGACCAGAGGUGACUACGAUGUGGUUGUUCUUCCUGGCGGAUUAGCUGGCAACAAGGCGUUGAUGAACUCGUCUGCCGUUGGCGAUGUGCUGCGUUGCCAGGAAUCAAAGGGCGGCUUGAUUGCCGCCAUUUGUGCCGCUCCCACGGCGCUGGCCAAGCACGGAAUCGGCAAGGGGAAAUCCAUCACUUCGCACCCGGAUAUGAAGCCCCAGCUGAAGGAACUUUAUUGUUAUAUAGACGACAAGACUGUGGUCCAGGAUGGCAACAUAAUUACAAGUCGUGGUCCUGGCACUACUUUUGACUUCGCCUUGAAGAUUACCGAGCAACUGGUCGGAGCUGAAGUUGCCAAGGAGGUGGCCAAGGCAAUGCUCUGGACUUAUAAACCAUGAUGGGAAUCGAAGGAAAAGCUGAUCAUAAGUUACAUAAAAAUAAAAAUAUGAAACAUU